AUGAAGUAUUACAAACGUUUCUUCUUCUUCAAAACCAAACUAAUUGGCAUGCUUUCUCAAAGCUUUGGCGUCGUCAUUGAUAAGAACAUUGUUGUAUUCAUACAUUGUUUUGAAAUCAAAGAAGUCUUAAUUUGGGAUAGUCAACAUUUUAAGUCAUCUGAUGCCACGAUGUUAAUAAAGAAAUAUGAAAAUCCUAGCAAAUUCAAGUAUUCUUUGGUUCUUAGUUAUCAUGCAUGA